AUGCAGAGCUACGAACACCACAUUGUACAUGAAUCUCUUUUCAAAAGACAUCCUUAUCUUCAAGGCCCAUUCAGUUCUGAUAUUGAUCCUAAUUAGAUAACUGUUGCAAUAUUUGACAGAACAAUUCCUAAAUUUAGAGAAGUAUUGAGUCAACCUGAUUUCGAUUUCGAUAAAUGCAGAGAUGCUUUGAAAACUCUUAACGAACUAGUUCAUCAUCAAGAAACAAUGGACAAGAUGAUUGAUCAUGAACUCCUAGAAAUCUCAAGCAACCUACUAGGUAGUGCAUCUUAAGAAGUAAGAGAAUAGGCAGCUAUUUUACUAUCCUCUUUCGCUAUUUCAAAGAGAGCCAGAGAAUUGUUCAAUUAUGCAUUUCCAAGGUUGUAACAGCUCCUCGAAGAUAAGGUUCUUGAAGUGAGAGAAGCUGUAGCCUCAGUUUUUCAUAAAUUAAGCAUCAAUGAUGACGGAUGCUAAAGAAUAGUUGAUUCUAACUGUGUGCAAUAUAUGAUUUUAUCAUUUAUUGGCCACUCUAAAGAUGGGAAAACUCUCAAGAAAGAAGAUGGCCAAUAUCUAAUUCAUCUUUUAGAAGCUUUUGCUAAUCUCACUUUCAGUGACAAGGGAAUUCAACCACUACUUGGGACAGGUGCAGUUUUGAAUUUCAACAAGAUUAUCAGUGAGUCAUAUGUAAAUGAUAUACUUGAAGAGCAACAUAAAUAGAAAAUCAAAGAGUUAUGUCUUAGAGUUCUUGGAAAUAUAAGUAUCAACCAUGAUGGAAAAUAAGAGUGUAUUGAUGAUAGAGUAAUCUUAAGUGCUUGGAAGUAUCUUGGCUCUGAUUCUUAUGAGAAAAGAUUAAGUGCCUCACUAGUUUUAAUGAGUUGUACUAUCCAUUUGAAUGGAAAACAACAAGCUGUAUGGUUUGAAGAAGCCAAGGGAGAGCCUAAGAUUAUUUAGGAGAUUAUUAGAAAUUAUCCAGACUUGAAAAAGAAUCUGAAAAGAACUUUGAUUAAUAUAGCAGAACUCCCAGAGGGUUUCUUAAAAAUCACCCACGAACUUAGUGAUAAGGCAGACUUAUUAGAUGAAAUAUUUGGUCCCUCAGCUGUAAAACCUCUUCAUAAUCUCUUGCCCAAAUUGUCUGACUAUGUGGAUCCACUUAAGAUUGAAAAUAAAGAUAUAGGGCAGAAGUAUAUGAGAUAUGUGAAAAGUUUAGCAUUUAUUAUUAAGAAAUACAAAGACGAUGCUGCUCAAGUUGCAAGAGAUGACACUAUUAAUUUUUCUGAAAAAUUAGCUCCAUUCUUAAAUCCAGAGACUUAACUUUAGAAGGAAACUGUACUAUGUUUGACUGAAGUCUGCAGAAUAGAUCCAUACAAUCGUCAUGUACUUAAUAACUUUUUAAAGAAAUACGGAGAACUUCCAAUUAAGAGAUCAAACGGCUAAGUGACUACAAUUAAAAGGGAAAUAUCAUAAUACACAGAUUUGCUUAACUUUGCUCAAGACUCUCAAAUAUUCACAUGA